AUGGACAUGCAUUUCAUCUAUUUGUUUUUCGUCUUCCAAUUGAGCAAUGUUCAAACUACCACAGCGCAAACGGAUCAGACAGAACCGUUGGAUUUAUCAAUAUCAAAAUUGAGAGAUGAUGGGGAUGGAUCACAAGGCUUAUCAGUGGAAAGAAAAGAUGAAGGAGAGGUUGGUUUGCAAAUGCUUCAAAUAAAACCCCUAAAUUCACCGGUUCCAAAAGUGAAACAGGAAGGAAAUAAGUCGCAAGGCUUGUCAGUGGAGGGAGUGAGUGAUGAACGAAUUAAACUUCGGCGACAAUUCGUUCCAAUCGAAACACCGGUGGAAGUGAUCGAGCUAUCAAGGCAAGAAAAAAGGACGAUAAAAAAGCAGCGUUGUGACAUAUGUCGAAAGGAAGUGGCAAAAAUAAAAGAACAUAUGAUGACUCAUACCGGUGAGAAGCCGUACAGUUGUUCAAUAUGCAAAAAGAAAUUUAGUCGCUCUUCGCAUGUGAAAGGACAUAUGAUGACUCAUACCGGUGAAAAGCCGUACAGUUGUUCGACAUGCAAAAAAAUUUUCAAUGAUUACUCGAAUAUGAAGAAACAUAUGAUGACUCAUACCGGUGAAAAGCCGUACUGUUGUUCGAUAUGCAAACAGAAUUUCAGUCAGUCCCAAAGUAUGAAAAAACAUAUGAUGAUUCAUACCGGUGAAAAACCGUACAGUUGUUCGAUAUGCAAACAGAAUUUCACUCACUCCCAAAGUAUGAAAAAACAUAUGAUGAUUCAUACCGGUGAAAAACCGUACAGUUGUCCGAGAUGCGGAAAAAGUUUCAUUGUGUCCGGUAACAUGAAAAGCCAUAUGAUGACUCAUACCGGUGAGAAGCCGUACAGUUGUUCGAAAUGCGGAAAAAGUUACACCCGAAAACACAGUUUGCAGUCUCACAUGGUAACUCAUGUCAUAAACAAACCUAUGCAUUGUAUUCAGUAA